ACCACAAAGAGAAAGAGAGAGAGGGAGGGAGUUAUAUGAAUCAAAACACUUGGAAUCUAAAUUUCAGAGCUGUUCUCAACAUGAAGCUUCAUGUUUUUGAAGCUCCAAUUGUAAACAAAUCUGUGUUGUGGAAUUCCCACAAAGGGAUUCUGCUGGCUCUGACACUGCUCCUUGUUACCAUCAUUCCUCUGUCUACAAACAAAAACUUGCCUUCAUCUCUGCCGAAUCUCUGGAAGAACACCACCAACUUGAAGACAGUCGAAUCAGAGAAGAAAUGUGACGUGUUUCGUGGAAAUUGGGUGCCCAAAUCUGAGAGGCCAUACUACACGAAUGACACUUGUGACAUGAUGUUUGAGUAUCAAAACUGCUUGAAGUAUGGAAGACCUGACAGAGAGUUUUUGAAAUGGAGGUGGAAGCCAGAUGAUUGUGAGCUUCCUCUCUUUGAUUCUGCACAGUUCUUGGAAAUUGUUAAAGGGAAAUCUCUUGCUUUUGUUGGUGACUCUGUCGCUAGAAAUCAUAUGCAGUCGCUCUUGUGUCUUCUCUCCAAUGUAUCUCAUCCGGUAGAUGUUUCUCCAAAAUACAAUCUAAGCUAUGAUUUCAAGAGAUGGUUCUUUGCUGAUUACAAUUUCACAGUGGCAAGAUUCUGGUCACCAUAUUUGGUUGAAAGCAGGGAUGCAGACCAGAAUGGUUUCUCCGCCAACAGCCUCAUGAAUCUAUACUUGGAUGAGGCAGACCCCUCCUGGAAUUCCGCCGUCGAAUCUUUCGACUACGUCGUCUUCUCAGCAGGACAGUGGUUCUUUCGCCCACAAGUAUACUACGAAAAUGGUCAAAUAACAGGAUGUUUCUAUUGCCAGCAAAGUAACAUCACACAGAUUUUGAACUCCUAUGGCUACGGGAAAGUCUUCCAAACUGUGUUUAGAACAAUUAUGGGUCUCAAAGGCUACAAAGGGGUGACAUUUCUGAGGACAUUUUCUCCAUCACACUUCGAGAAUGGCGAUUGGGACAAAGGAGGGAAUUGUGCAAGGACAGCUCCAUUUACAAAGGAAGAGAUGAAGUGGAAAAGUUUUGUGGUUGAGUUACACAAGGCUCAGGUGGAAGCAUUCAAAGCAGCAGAGAAGGAAGGGAUGAAGAGAGGCCUGGAAUUCAAGCUGUUGGACACAACGGAAGCCAUGCUGAUGAGACCAGAUGGGCAUCCGAACCAUUAUUCUCCUCGUAUGAAUGUUAGUGUGGCUGACUGUGUGCACUGGUGUUUGCCAGGCCCCAUUGACACAUGGAAUGAGUUCUUAUUCCAUAUACUGAAAACUGGCAGGAAAGAUACACAUUAAGAAGAAUGUAUAGGGAAAUGGAUAGACGAGGUUUGUCAAGAAUUAUACUGUUUUUUUGUUUCUUCUGUAAGGAAUACCGUAAUAUCAGUGCAUUUGUCUCUAUGAAUUAGUUCAGAUUGUUUAA